GUAUAGAGACAACGUCGUCCUUCCUUCCCCCACCGCCUCUUUUUUAACUUCUAGCAGAAGUGCGGAUGUGAGUUGCAUAUUGAUACGGAACAGGCCGCCACUUUUUAAAGCAAUGCGUGCUUAGGCAAUGAUCAUUUUGUGGAGCUAUGAAUCCAGAGGAGCAGACUGUAACGUGGUUAAUAUCACUAGGAGUGCUCAGCUCGCCUAAAAAGAACAUAGCGGACCCGGAGGAGUUUUUGAAAACAUCGCUGAAGGAUGGGGUCGUCUUGUGCAAGCUCACGGAGAGGCUCAUACCUGGUCUCAACCCCAAGUAUUGCCAGGACCCGAGAACUGAAGCGGACUGCAUUUCCAACAUCAGGGAGUUUUUGAGAGGAUGCUCAUCCUUGAAAGUAGAGGGGUUUGAACCAGAGUGGCUCUACACUGGCGAGAACUUUGGCAAGGUACUGACCACUCUGCUUGCAGUCAACUUCGCCACACAAGACUGUGCUGCUGAGAGGUCAUGUCAGCAGUCUGGAGCUCACUCUCCUAGCCAGUCGACGUCGUCACACACUCUCUCCUCUGCCAAAUCCAAAGGCUCCCUGCGAAGACAAUCCAAAUCAGUGGAGAUGUCUGAGAACGGUGGCGGUGGGCAGCUGAUGGUGAAAGCCCGCUUCAACUUCAAGCAGAACAAUGAGGACGAGCUGUCGUUCAGUAAAGGCGACCUGAUCCUUGUGACGCGGCAGGAGGAAGGAGGAUGGUGGGAGGGCACGCUCAGCGGCAAGACGGGCUGGUUCCCCAGUAACUACGUCAGAGAGGUCAAACCUUGUGAGAAGCCAGUGUCUCCCAAAGGAACCCAGCUGACAAAGAACUACUACAGUGUGGUUGUGCAGGACAUCUUGGAACAUGAGCGGGAGUUUGUUAAAGAACUACAAACAGUACUCAGCUGUUAUCUACGGCCGCUGCAAGCCAGUGACAAACUGAGCAGUGCAGACAGCACCACCCUAUGCGGAAACCUGGAGGAGAUCCUCACCUUCCAGCAGAGUCUAUGUGUAGCCCUGGAGGAAUGUACCAAAGUCCCAGAGGGUCAGCAGCGAGUGGCAGGCUGUUACUUAAACAUGAUGUGUCAGAUCAAGACCCUGUACCUGGCUUACUGUUCCAGUCAUCCCUCAGCUGUUUGCAUCCUCACAGAUCACAGUGAGGAGUUAGACAAGUUCAUGGAGAGCCAGGGAGCCAGUACUCCAGGAAUUCUGACCCUGACUACCAGCCUCAGUAAGCCCUUCAUGAGGCUUGACAAAUACCCCACGCUGCUGCAGGAGCUGGAGAGACAUGUGGAGGAAGCCCACCCUGACUAUGCAGACAUUAUAAAGGCUACAGCAGCAUUUAGGAGCCUGGUGACACAGUGUCAGGACCUGCGAAAGCGCAAGAACCUAGAGCUUCAGAUCUUGUCAGAACCAGUGCGGGCCUGGGAGGGAGACAGCAUGAAGAGCCUGGGUCACGUCGCCUACAUGUCCCAGGUCCAUGUGAAAAACGGGUCCAGUGAGGAAAAAGAGGAGCGCUACUUGAUGCUUUUUCCCAAUGUGUUGGUGAUGCUCUCCGCCAGUCCUAGAAUGAGUGGCUUCAUUUAUCAGGGAAGGCUGCUGCUGACAGGUACCAUGGUAACAAGACAUGCCGAGGAUGCUGACAGCGCGCAGUUUGCUUUUGACAUCACAGGAAGCAUGAUCGAUCGCCUCACAGUGUUCUGCAGCAGUGCCCAGGAGCAACAGGAGUGGCUUGAGCACCUUCAGCCUUUUACCAAAGGAGGCAGCCCUGCAGGCACUAUCUCAAAGACCGUAGAGGGGAAAUCACUGAGUAUGGUCGGCCCCCCCUCUCACCUGUCCCACCUCGGCAGCCUCAGCGCUAUCAGCCGUGGCCCGCUGGAACCGCCCAAGAUCAGCAAGCCCUGGUCGCUCAGCUGCCUGCGCCCUGCACCCCCCCUCAAGCCCUCUGCUGCUCUGGGAUACAAAGAGAGGAUGUCUUAUAUCAUGAAGGACUCCAGCAAAAGCCCUCGGCCCAUGAAGAAGUUCUUGCCUGGCAACAGGAAGAAAGAGCGGAAACCCUCCGAUGAUGAUGUACAGACCAGGAAAAGUACGGUGGCCCUGGAGGAGGACGCUCAGAUACUGAGAGUGAUAGAGGCAUAUUGCACAGGAGCCAGCCUGCACCAGAGCACCACAGUGCGGAAAGAGUGCGUCCCUCAGGUGCUUCUGCCAGAGGAGGAGAAGAUCAUUGUGGAGGAGAUGAAGAGUAACGGGCAGACUGUUAUUGAGGAAAAAAGCCUGGUUGAUGCUGUUUAUGCUUUAAAGGAUGAAGUUCAUGAACUGAAGAAGGAAAACAAGUGGAUGAAGCAGUUUCUGGAGGAGGAGCAGAAGUCUCGCAAAGAGCUGGAGAGAGUGGUCCGAAAACUGGCCAAGCAGAAGAACGACUGCGCUUGGGAAGACGGCGGCCACUGAACACAUCCAUUCAAUCACCCUCAUCCUGAUGUGGCAGUGCGUGUGUGAGUGCAUGGGUAAAUUUUAUGUAAGCAUGCUUGGAGAGGAACAGAGGGGUUUAAGUUUGCGUGAGUGUCGAGUUCAUGUUUUCAUAUUUCAACAUCAGCACACGGCAGAGUUGGAUUCGCUAGCUGGGCGAACCCGCUCCAGGUUUUUUCUUCGCUGCGAACGCUGGAACAUGAUGUGACACUGAUGAAAUCAAAUCUGUCUUCCUGACAUAGCCUCUCACUUUGAGACUCCAAUCAUGCCUCUUCACGAAGCAGCUAAAGCUAAACUCAGACUGAUCAAGUGGGACAUUUCAUACAUACUGCCUCCUGGCUGCUGCACUGUGAACACUCCUCAGCUGAUGGAGCGAUUUUAGGACGAGGACAGAUGGAGUUCUCCGCUGCUUCUUUGCUUCAGAUGGAGAAAGAAAAGGAGAAAGAAGCCAUUGUUUUCUCUUGCAUGCACUUCUGUUGCUAGGAGGACUGAUUUUAUUCCCUUGACUCAUUUUUUGGUCGAUGACAUUUUAUACUUGUCACAGCGGGGAGAGAAUUCUUUGAGCUUUCAUGAGCAUGUGUGACUAGCUUUUGACAGCAUUCAAGACAUUCAUAUUAAAAUUUUCAAGGAUAUUUUGUAGGCAAGUUGAAUCAGGUUAGCUCAUCAUGCAACAUUCAAUCAUAAAAACAAGCCUUUACGGUUUAUUUAAAACUGCAUGAAUGUACAGUGUUCCUACAGGACAAAUUCUGCAUCAGAAAUGUGAUAAUCAAGAUAUUCAGAUAUAUAGUCCAAAGCUUUCAGGGAUGAAGCUUCAUUAUAGAAUAGAAAAGGCUUAAUUAUAUCAUUUAUUAUAGAGGCAAUGACAUGACAAAGAUGUCACCCUUACUUUCUUACUAAAAUGUACUCGUAUGACAGUUUAACAUAUUAAAAACAUAGCCUUGCAUUAUUUUAAAUUUUAAGAUAUUCUUUAUUUAUUAUACACCCAAACAUUAAUGUGGUGUUAGCCUUUCUAGAUAUAGUUUUGCUGCCUUUAAAUGUUAUUUUAUAAUGUGUAAAGGCAAAAAUUCUGACUGUUUUGACCAAGGGAAAAAAGUCUUUUUUUUCUUCUUCACAGAAUAGGAAAAAAUUCUGCAAUGUUUUUGCUUUUUUGCAGCCUACCAACAGGUUUAGAUAUAGUCAGACCAGGGAAACAAAAAGAGAUUUAUUCGAGGAUGUAAAGUGGAGCUCAGCUGUUUUAAGUGCCUCCCAAAAGGGUCAAUAAACUUUUAAGAGAGUUAAAGACUACACAGGGACUAAAUGGAUGAUUCAUUCUGAAAGUGUCACAGUUGGUUUGUGUUAGUAUCUCAACAGGUUCAAUCCGUCUGGGUCUGAAUAAUAUGCAGGGCUUUGCUUACUUAAUUAGAUGCACGGAGAACCCACAACGGUACAUUUCCUCCUCUUGAGGUUAUUUUUGUGUGCACUGUCGACACUGUUGUGUACUUUUGCUGCGCUGUAGAGCAGCAGUGGAUGUUAUUGAAAUGCAAUAAGUGACUGCUUUACUGGCUGGGUUUGACUCAGCAUUAAAGGCCAGGUUUAGAGACUUUGCAAUAAUAAUAAUUGUGAGUGAGUUAACCCAAUUUAUUAACCAAAAAGGGCCAGACUGUGUGGUUCUACCACCCCAUCGUUUGGCCGUGUAUUUUUUCCUUUCCAUUUGCCUUUAUCUAAAUAUGUCUUCUGGUAUCGACAAUUGUCUAAAAAUCCUGUCCAGGGCCAAGUUACCUUUAAAAAUGUAUCUGUGGAGGUGCACAUCUGUACAGCGCAGGGUACGAGGCAGCACAGGUACACCUCCGACAUCUUGUUUAAGGGAACUCCAGCAAGAAAGAGCUGCUCAUGAAGCUGCUAGAGCCGAUUUAUGAUCACUGUUCCUAUUUCUGUACAGAUGUGCACCUCCUCUACAUAUGUCUCAUUAUGAGUUGUCUAUGGAGAUUUAAAUAAGUCAUGUAUUGGUAUUUUAAAUUGUCAUUAAGUAUCACAAACUUUAGAUCAGUGGUUUUCAACUGGCCCCGAGUCAUUUUCUUUUUUAAGGUUAUUUUGGGCAGUUUAAUUUAAUUUUAUUUUAUUUUAUUUUAUUUUAUUUUAUUUUAUUUUUUUAGAUCUUCUCUGGGUAUUUCACCUUUAUUUGAUAGGAAAGAGAGUGGGGCAAGAUGUGCACCAAACAUGCGCCAAGAUCAGAAACCAGUCAGUACAUUUAGGACCACAGCCUCUGUCAACAGGUGCCCGCUCCAUCCACCAAGCUGCACAGGCGUCCAAAAAAUGGAGAGGCAUCUGGCUGCGAACCUCGACGGUGAGGCAUUUUUUGGCUCAUCUGUUGCAGACCUCUAUAAUUUGGCCACAUCAACUGUAUAUAGGUAGUGAUGUAGUAACCCUUGUUGAGUUUUUCCUUAGUUUGUGGUGUGUUUUUUUUUUUAAACUUCAUUUCCCUCCCUCUAAUCCUUACUCUAAGCACCUGAAACCUAUGGUGCCUAACCCUAACCCUUACCCUAAGGUUAGGAAAAGGGCUAGAGGGAGGGGUUAUAAAAUUUAAAAAACCCACCAAUAACCCUGGUGUGUUAUUUUUCAAUUUUAUCCCCCUCCCUCUAACCUUACCCUAACCUUCUUUGGGUUGUCCUUAGUUUGUGGUGUGUUACUUUUAAUUUUAUCACCCUCCCUCUAAUCCUUACCCUAACCUUAGGUGGUUAGGGUUAGGCACCCUUGGGUUCAGGUGCCUAACCCUAACCAUCUUUAAGCUUCCCUUAGUUUGUGUUUUAAAUUAAAAUUCAUCCUCUCAGUAAAUUUUCGAUUUUUAUUCAUAAAUUUCUGCUGUUUCAAAAAAUAGCCACUUACCAUAACCUCUGACAGCAAGCUGAAAAUAUACAUCAUUCUGGUUAUGGCUUGGGUAAUGCGCAUUACUUCCCACUCCUCGGUCACAGUUGCCCCAUUGUAGAGGUCUGCGACGGAUGAGUCCAAAAUGCCCUACCAUAAAAAUCUGCAACCAGAUCCUCUUGCACACCAUAGGGUGCCUAAUCCUAACCCCCCUAAGGUUAGGGUAAGGUGGGGGUAAUGGGAUUAAAGUUGAAAGUAACAAACAACAAAAUACAAAAGGAACCCAACAAGGGUUAGUACAUCACUUCCUGCCCCAUGGUCGAGGUUGCCCCUGUAGAGGUCUGCAGCAGGUGAGCCCAAAACACCUCACCAUAGAAGUCUGCAGCCAGAUGCCUCUUAAAUUUCAUGGUAACUAACCCUAAUCCUUUUUUUGACUUUCCUUAGGUUGUGGUGUUUUAAAUUAAGAUUUAUCUCCCUCAGUGAAUUUUUUAUUUUUAUUCAUAAAUUUCUACUGUUUUAAAAAACAGCCACUAAUCGUAACUUCUGACAGCAGGUGGAAAAUAUACAUGAUUCUGGUUAUGACUUGGGUUAUGCAAAUCACUUCCUACUCCACAGUCAUGUGGCCAAAUUGUAGAGGUCUACAACAGAUGAGUCCAAAACUCCCCACCAUAAAGGUCUGCAGCAUAUCCUUCAAAAUAAAAGCGCGAGAUAUUCUUUCUGCCUCAUUCAUUUCCAGGCACACUUUAUUUUUCCCUUCGCCCACUGAAAACGGCUCUGCGACCCACUUUCGGGUCCUGGCUCACCAGUUGAGAACCAAGAUUCUAGUUUUAAAUUCCCAGCAGCCUCAGUGAGCACUUACAGGUGGAGGUGGACUGAGCACUGCUUAGUUUAUCUGAAAUGACGUCUCCAGACCACUGUGUGCGUGUGUUUUAUUGAAAGGUUGUUCUAUGCAAUUAUUGUUGCAAGUAUUGUAAUGCUUUUUUUUCUAGACACUCUGUACUUUGUGUUUGGUAUGUUCAUUCUUUUAUUAAAGAUUUAAUAUAA